AUGUUUGCUAACCCACUGCAGGUGAAUUGGUCUGCAGACUACGAACCAUACGUCAUGAUUCAACGAAACGCAGUCAGGUUCGACGAAACUUUCGCUGGAUUCGGUUGGAAUAAAGCCUCCUUCUUUAUGGCUCUAGACGUGCAACAUUAUAGGUUCACAGUGUUACCUGGUGUCUUUCUACUGCAUCUUCCUCAUCCCCCCAGCAUCGAAGUUUUACGAUAUCGGACGAAUGUGUUAUAUCG